AUGGAGGUUCCAGCUAUGGUAUCCAGCUGGUGGGACGAAACCAAUGAGUCUACACUGAGGCUACUGGCCCUCAAACCAUGGCCUCGUGGCUUGUGUGCUUUGAGCACAAGGCACAACAAACCAGCAAGCCCCUGCAAGAGCCAGUUCUUCUCCUCUAAUUUUGACGAUUUAAACAAAGAUCUUUACUCAGAGAAUGUCCUUGACUGUUUGUUCAUGUGGGAAAAGCUCCCAAAUGCAGAGGAUAAAAGCAUGACUGCCAUCAGCCACCCCUCCCCUCAGACCACUCUUCAACAAUGGACCUUUCAAUCUGGUUCACUUUUGUGUUUUCUACUUGUUUCUUCUAUUUACCUUGCCAUGAGGAGGAAAAACUCCAAAAACCUUCCACCGGGUUCCCUGGGGUUUCCCUUCAUAGGCCAUAGCCUUAGCUUUAUGCACGCGAUGCGGACCAACGAUAUCGAACAAUGGCUUCAAGAACAAUCCAGGAAGUACGGUCCGCAACCAGCUCCGUUUAGAAAGAUCUGUGGGGAGAGAAAUUUGACAGAGCUGACCGGCGACGAUCACAAGAGUGUGAGGGGAGCCGUUGUUUCGUUUUUGAAGCCUGAAAUGUUAAAUCAAUAUUUUGGGAAGAUAGAUGAAGAAUUGAGAAAUCAUUUGGAGAUGCUUUGGCAUGGGGCUCAAAAGGUCACGGUAAUGCCAGUGAUGAAGACUCUCACAUUCAACAUCAUGAGCUCUCUCCUUUUCGGCAUAGAACAAGAGGAAAGAAGAAACGAUCUCGUCAAACUUAUUCUGCGUAUGAUGAACGCGCUGUCGUCGCUACCAAUAAAUCUCCCCUUCACACAGUUGAACCGCAGCCUGAAAGCAAGUGCAAAGAUUCGAACAUUGAUCAAGGAUCUUAUAAAUGAAAGGAGGGCCGUAUUGGAGCAACGGAUGGUCAAUCCUAACAAGGAUCUCAUCAAUUGCUUACUUGGUAUGGGAAAGGACCCUUCAAUUCGUAUGUCUGAUGAAGAAAUCGUGGACAACGUAAUAGGUGUAAUGAUAACAGGGCACGACACAUCCUCCGUUCUCAUUACCUUCUUGGUCAAGCUUUUGGGUACGGAUCGGUCCAUCUAUGAGAAAAUCGUGCAAGAACAUGAAGAGAUAGCCAAGACCAAGACUUUGGAGGACCUUUUAACUUGGGAUGACCUUGCCAAGAUGAAAUACACAUGGAGUGUGGCCAUGGAGACUUUAAGAAUGAACCCUCCACUGUUAGGUUCUUUCAGGAAAGUCCUCAAAGAGUUUGAAUAUGAAGGAUACACUACCCCAAAAGGACGGCAAGUGAUUUGGGCUACAAACAUGACACACAUGGACGAGCGACUUUUCCCAGACCCAUCGAAGUUCGAUCCAUUACGUUUUGAGAAACAAGGACCGAUCCCGCCGUAUUGCUUCGCGGCUUUCGGAGGAGGAGCACGUAUCAUAUCCGGAUUAGCAUUAGAUCGUAAGCAUAGACUAUUUUUGCACUACGAUAUAUAUAUUUGA